UUUCUUGAAUCUACUCAGAACUUUAGAGAUGCCGAACUGGGGUGGAGGAGCAAGCUGUGGAGCCUGUGGAAAAACAGUCUAUCAUGCAGAAGAAAUCCAGUGCAAUGGGAGGAGUUUCCACAAGACUUGCUUCCACUGCAUGGCUUGCAGAAAAGCUCUGGACAGCACAACAGUAGCAGCUCAUGAAUCUGAGAUCUAUUGUAAAUCAUGUUAUGGGAGAAAAUAUGGCCCCAAAGGAAUUGGAUUUGGACAAGGCGCCGGCUGCCUCAGUACUGAUACUGGCGAACAUCUUGGAUUGCAGUUCCAACAGUCCCCAAAGACAGCUCGGUCAACUACCAGCAACCCCUCCAAAUUUACGCCAAAGUUUGGAGAGGCAGAAAAGUGCCCUCGUUGUGGCAAAUCAGUGUAUGCUGCUGAAAGGAUAAUGGGUGGUGGCAAACCAUGGCACAAGACUUGUUUCCGAUGUGCCAUCUGUGGGAAAAGCUUGGAAUCUACAAAUGUUACUGACAAAGAUGGAGAACUCUACUGCAAAGUUUGCUAUGCCAAAAAUUUUGGCCCCACAGGAAUUGGGUUUGGAGGCCUCACACAACAAGUGGAGAGGAAAGAGUGAAAUACGCCAAAUUCGGGGCAUUUGGGUAUGACUUUUCCUGGCAUGAAGUUUUGAAGAGCGAUCCCACACUGGAUGACUCUGUUUCCCAAUGAUCAUCUUUGAUGCUGGACAACAUUUCUUUACAGAAGCAGUUGUUGUACUAAGUGAUGCUAGGAAAGUCUUUGGAAGGAAAUUGAUUUCAGUCUAUUAUGUUACAAAUAAUUUAAAUCUUAAGCUACUUUUGGGAGUGAUAAAUAAAUGGUUAACUGGUGCCAGAGGAUGUCCUGGUACAUUUCUUGAAUUGGCUUUUUAAUGGGGAAUGAUUUUUCAAGAAAAAGUAGAAACACAUUUUAUAGUCAGUUUCAGCCGGGUGUCUGGUAAUCACAAUCAUGGGAAGUAAACAGGGAGGUUUGGAAGUUGCAAGGCUAACAUGAAGAUUUCCUUGCACAUGUAGGUGUUUAAUAGAUGUUUCUUGAACUGAAUGAAAAAAAAAACAAGUGCAAUAAAGUGAGGAAAACAGUCGACUAAGAGAAAGAGUAGAAGAUUCCAGUGAUUUCCCCAAUCUGCCAGCUGGGAGAAAAAAGUCACAUAAGAAUGAAGAGAAGAUGAGGGGAUGAGAGAAAAAAGAGAAAACAGAGUUACCAUUUUAAAGCAGAAAGUAAAAGGCAUGUUGUUGUUUGAAAGGAAAUAUUUAUCUCAUCCACCAGCUUUUGAAAACUGUAUGCUUCUUGAAAACUCAGAGGACAAUAAAUGGUAGAUAUUGUUUACUUCACAAAUCA